AUGCGGAACAAGAGUGGAUCCUCAGUGAAUGCUUAUUGGCCACCAUCACCUGGUUACUGGCCAAGCUCCAAGCAUCAGAGAAUGGACCAAAAUGCCCUCACCAUCUGGCUUGAUAGAACCUCAGGAAGUGGAUUUAAGUCAGUGAAGCCAUUCAGAUCAGGUUACUUUGGAGCAUCCAUCAAACUCCAACCUGGCUACACUGCUGGAGUCAUCACAUCUCUCUAUCUAUCAAAUAAUGAGGCACAUCCAGGAUUCCUGAUGAGUGGACAUCGAAUUCUUGGGGACAACAUUUGGAAGCCUUACACACUUCAAACAAAUGUGUACAUUAGAGGAAGUGGUGAUGGCAAAAUCAUUGGUCGCGAGAUGAAGUUUCGCUUGUGGUUUGAUCCCACUUCGGAUUUUCACCAUUAUGCUAUUCUUUGGAACCCUAGAGAAAUCAUGUAA